AGAGAGCCCAACAGUGCCGUAUUCACCGUCCUUCACUAGAGCGCCAGUCGCUUACUAACUAACGCACUGAGCACAAAAAUGGGAUUCAUCACACAACGAACUGCAAAAAUAUUAAUAUCUUAAUCGCCGACAAAUCUCCAGAUCUCCAAAUUUUAAUUUCUUAUUAUAAACCCUGGAUUUGCAUCUGACCCUGGUGCCGAAGAAGAGGGAUUCGAGUGUUGACCAAGCGAAGCUUAGCUAUGGGGCACCUGAAUCUACCUGCGUCGAAGCGUAAUCCGCGUCAAUGGCGUCUCCUCGACAUCGUAACCGCCGCCUUCUUUGGUAUCGUCCUUCUCUUCUUCGUCCUGCUAUUCACUCCCCUCGGGGAUUCCAUGGCGGCGUCUGGUCGGCAAACGCUGCUGCUCUCGACGGCAUCAGAUCCGAGGCAACGGCAGCGAUUGGUGACUUUGGUCGAAGCUGGCCAGCAUCUGCAGCCGAUAGAGUAUUGUCCGGCGGAAGCUGUUGCUCACAUGCCUUGCGAGGAUCCGAGGAGGAAUAGCCAGCUUAGCAGAGAGAUGAAUUUCUAUAGGGAGAGACAUUGUCCGUUACCGGAGGAGACUCCUCUCUGCUUGAUCCCUCCGCCUGCUGGCUACAAAAUCCCUGUUCCGUGGCCGGAGAGCCUGCACAAGAUCUGGCAUGCAAACAUGCCAUACAACAAAAUUGCUGACCGCAAAGGUCACCAAGGAUGGAUGAAAAGGGAAGGUGAAUACUUCACUUUCCCAGGCGGUGGCACGAUGUUUCCUGGCGGAGCCGGUCAAUACAUUGAGAAGCUUUCACAGUAUAUUCCUCUUAACGGGGGAACUCUCAGAACUGCACUUGACAUGGGAUGCGGGGUAGCAAGUUUCGGAGGCACUCUACUAUCUCAAGGCAUUCUAGCCCUCUCGUUUGCUCCAAGAGAUUCGCAUAAAUCGCAGAUUCAGUUCGCCUUGGAAAGAGGAGUGCCUGCAUUUGUCGCCAUGCUUGGCACUCGUAGACUCCCCUUUCCUGCAUUCUCCUUUGACUUGAUGCAUUGUUCCCGAUGCUUGAUUCCUUUUACGGCUUACAAUGCAACUUACUUCAUCGAAGUAGAUAGGUUAUUGCGCCCUGGAGGAUAUCUUGUAAUCUCUGGCCCACCUGUACAAUGGCCUAAGCAAGACAAAGAAUGGGCUGAUCUUCAGGCGGUGGCUAGAGCUUUGUGCUAUGAGCUAAUUGCGGUUGAUGGUAACACUGUCAUCUGGAAGAAGCCUGUUGGUGAUUCAUGUCUACCAAGCCAGAAUGAGUUUGGGAUUGAGUUGUGUGAUGAGUCUGUUCCGCCAAGUGAUGCAUGGUAUUAUAAAUUGAAGAAGUGUGUUACUAAGCCAUCGUCCGUGAAAGGAGAAUUUGCUUUGGGAACUAUUUCAAAGUGGCCGGAGAGGCUUACUAAAGUUCCUUCUAGAGCUAUUGUCAUGAAAAACGGGUUGGAUGUGUUUGAAGCAGAUGCAAGGAGGUGGGCAAGACGAGUUGCUUAUUACAGGGACUCUCUGGACUUGAAGCUGAAAUCUCCAGCUGUCCGCAAUGUCAUGGACAUGAACGCCUUCUUCGGGGGCUUUGCCGCAGCCCUUGCAUCUGAACCUGUGUGGGUUAUGAAUGUUAUUCCGGCUCGGAAGCCAUUAACUCUUGACGUCAUCUAUGACAGAGGUCUCAUCGGCGUUUACCAUGAUUGGUGUGAACCCUUUUCAACAUAUCCGCGUACGUAUGAUUUCAUCCAUGUAUCAGGAAUUGAAUCACUGAUAAAACGACAAGACUUGAGCAAAUCGAGGUGUAGCCUAGUAGAUCUAAUGGUAGAGAUGGACAGAAUAUUGCGUCCAGAAGGAAGAGUUUUGAUCCGGGACUCUCCUGAGGUACUAGACAAAGUCGCACGAAUGGCUCAAGCUGUAAGGUGGUCUUCUUCCAUACACGACAAAGAACCUGAAUCCCAUGGAAGAGAGAAGAUCCUCGUUGCAACUAAAUCUCUCUGGAAAGUGCCAUCAAACUCGCACUGAACACAGCACAAUGAAAUAUAAAAAGAACAGCCUUGUAGUACUUGACUUCAGGUGGGGAGACAUUUUGGUAAAAGACCUGAGAGAGAAAGAAGGUUCCAGUCAUAUUGGACAUUAAGGCAACAAAGGUUUGGCUGGUAUCGUCCUCUUUCGAACCAUAUUUGCUGUCUCCAUAAAUGAUCUUACGCUAUAACGUCCAAUAUGAAUCUGAUCGUUUUAAUCUGUUUGAACGUAACAUCGUUGGACACACUAGAGGAUCCAAUUUCAAUUAGAUGUGACUCUUGUGUAUGUCAUGGAAUUGUCUUGUAGAAAAGUCUUUUGAUAUCCAAAAGGUGUAUGCUAUUAUUUAUAAAAGGGUCUUUGGCUUGUUUCUAUGGUCAAUCAUGUGAUAUAUUUACAUUCCGAUAUGUUGUUACAUCAGCAGUAUAUAAAUGGUAUAAUAGUCGUAC